UAACAACACCAACAACAACUACAGCAACAGCAACCGCAACCCCAACGAGAUGUCGCUGCAAACGAAGAGGCAGCACUGCUACCUCUGCGAUCUGCCCCGCAUGCCCUGGGCCAUGAUCAAUGACUUCUCGGAGGCCGUGUGCCGCGGCUGCGUCAACUACGAGGGCGCCGACCGCAUCGAGGUGGUGCUGGACGCGGCCAGGCAGAUGAAGCGCCUGCAUCCGAGCAGCAAGCGCGCCCACGAGAACGGCGAAGUCGUCGUCCUGCAGCAGCAGCAGAGUCUGCAGCAGCAGCAGCUGAGUGGCGGGCCACAGCAUCGAGGCGCUCCGAGCACCUCGACAGGUGGCGGUCCGGGGCCGUUGUCGCUGUCACAUCAUCAUGCCGUGGCGGCCGCUUAUCAGAUGCCGCGCAUCGGUCCGCCGCCGCCGCCACCGCAGCAGCAGCAGCAACAGAGCAGCGGCGUCAUGGACUUUCCCGUUAAAUUGGAGUCGGCGCCGGAUGUGCGACCGGUACGCAUCUCCCAUAUGACGCCCCACCAUAUGCCGCCCACAGCCGGCCAGCGUGCCGGACCUGGACCCGGUCCCGUUACACAGCAGCAGCAGCCGCCCGUUGGCAGCGGCGUCAGCGCCUCCGCUCUGCUGCCCGCCCUCUCCGUUAACCUGAAGCGUCCGCCCUCCGAGGACGUGGACAUUGAGUCACAGCAGCAGCAAUCGCACGGGCCACCGCACGUUGGUGUCGGCGUCGGCGUCAGCGUUGCCGAUCUCGCUGCCGGCAGCAGCAGCGUCGGCGUCGGCCCCUCCAGCGUCAAGCGCAGCGCCCUCGAUGAUCCCAACGGCGUGCGGCCGCCCUUGACACGGGGCGAAUCGCUGCCCGCGGUCAGCUACGUGCCCGAGCGUCAGCUCAACUUGCGCGACAAGCAGCAGCCGGUGCGGGCGCCCAGCUUCGAUGCGUCGACCUUCAAGGCAGCCGAACACUUGUCUCCAGCCAGCCGUCGCAAUGGAUCGAGCCCACCAUCGGGGCCGAUGCCUCCGCGCAGUGUUCACUCGCCGAACAGCACGGGCUCUUCGUCGGGUCGCCGCUCGUCGGGCUCUCGCCAUGUAUCCAGCACAACGGUCACAAGCAGCGAAGUUGGCGGCUCGAAUCCAGUGCAGGCGGCCGCCGUUGCUGCCGGCUUGGGCGCUGGCAGCGGCGCUGGCGGCGUCGCCGGUUCGCUAGGCGGACCGGGCGGCCCGAGCAACUCACAGCUGAGCAGUUGCAGCAGCGCCGGCGCCGGCGGCGGAGGCAGCUCUGCAUCUGGCAAUGGCAACGCUGGACCCUCAUCGUUGCCACCUAAUCCGAACGCCGUUGCGGGCGAUGGCAGCGGUGGCGGCGGUGGCGCCAUCGGACCGAGUGGCAGCAACGGCAGCGGCGCCGUCAACGCCGGGCCGGGCAGCAGUGGCAGUCAGGGUGCGCCCGGCAUGAGCAGCAGCAGCAGCAGCGGCGGCGGCGGUAGCAGUGGCGGUAGCGCAGCUGGCAUUAGCGGUGCGCCUGGCAGCAGCGCAGCGCCAAAUUCAGCGGCUGCAGCAGCAGCGGCCGCAGCACAGAAUGCGACGCUGAAGUGUACGCUCUGUCAGGAGCGACUGGAGGAUACACACUUCGUCCAAUGCCCAUCGGUGAACAUCCACAAGUUCUGCUUUCCCUGCAGUCGUGAGAGCAUUAAGCGACAGAAUGGUCUGGGCAAUGAGGUGUAUUGCCCAAGUGGUGAACGAUGUCCGCUGGCCAAUUCCACCAUACCGUGGGCCUUCAUGCAGGGCGAAAUCACCACAAUAUUGGGCGAGGAGGUGAAGGUUAAAAAGGAGCGAGAAUCUUAAUGUCCAUUUUAUUGCAAAAAGCUGCGCAGAGCUUUGGAGCACUUUUGAGCCAGCCAGUGAACAGCGAACAGGGAACAGAAAGAGAAUGAGAGAGAGAGAGAGGAAGUUUAAUAUUGUUCGGCGAUCACCGGCUGCACACACACACACGCAACUCUCUUCACUCUGUCUCGCUCGCUCUCUAACAACAAUGCAUAUGUCUGUCUGUCGCCGACGGCAGUCGAAUGUCAAUUUUUACAUUGAGCGAGUCAACAAAAGGAAGAAAACACAAAAAUUUUUUUCUGCGGCGGCCGCGACGCCGGCGUCGCAGCUACAACGGGCGAGCGCGCUCUGUCCAUGACGACCAACAACAACAACAUUUUGUAGGCAUAAGCAACAAACAAAACAAAAACAAA